AUGGACGUAAAAGUUUUUCAUUGUUUAAUUGAUGCAUUAAAAGUAGCCGGUUGUUGUGUAUAUACCGACAAUAUACCAAUUUUGUACCAUUCGUUAAUUAAAUUACAAAGUGAAAAUCAUUUCAAUUCUAUAUAUUUGUGGGGCCGUAUUGAAACAUUGUCCACUGAUUAUUAUGUUGCUUAUGGUCACCAAAAGGAUCCAAUUGAGGAUAGGAUAUUUUUUUAUACUCAAAACAUGUUGGAAUGGGAUAUAAUGCCGACCGAUUGGUCAACACUUCAAACAAAUAUGGUACGAAAAAUAAAAACCAAGUUUUACGGUAAUCCAAGAUAUGUGGAGAUUAUAGAUAACUCAAAUAAAAAGUCACAGGAAACAACAGAAUAUGCAAUAACACCGAGCGUAGUAUUGCCAUUUGACGAAGAAGGCGCGGAAGAACAUAUUAAUGGUGUAGACAGUUUAAAGUAUGAUGAUAUCGUAUCAGUAACUGCAGAAAUUGACGAAAUUGUGGAAACGGAAUGUGCUCUAAUUGAACCUCCUAAUUUAAAACUUUCAAUAAAAGAAGAGGAUAGACUAGCCAUAACCGUUCAAAUGAUUGAAAACGAAUGUCACAUAGUGCCACGGGGAUAUUUGUACAAGUUACCUAACGGAACCAUAACCAAAGCUCCUUACUUUAAGGGUUUAGAUUAUUCUGAAAUUGGUAACGAAAACAAUUUUUUACACCUAAAUCAACAAUAUUGUCAACCUAAAGGUCAAAAAAUUGAUGUAAGGCCAGAUUACAAUGGAUCAAUUGAUUUUUUAGAAUCAAUCGAUAAGGAUAUACCAAAAGGCUGUUGGGCUUCUCGGCUUUUCUCAAAUCGAUAUUUUAUUAUUCACAAUUUGCUAUGGCCAGGUGCUCUAUAUGUCCAAGAUAUGAAUACUGGUCUGCAUGGUUACUUCUACAACGGAUAUGGCCUGAAAAACUUAGAUUUACCAUUUAUGAUCUAA